GGCAUUGCUACUAUCACUUUUUCAGCCAAAUAAAAAUAUAAGGAAGGGAAAGCUUCACCCUGCCUCCAUCAAGUGCUGUGGAAGAACUGCAUUGCUGAAAUGAAGAGUGCUUGUGAUGAAUGGAAGCCUUUUGUAGUAAUGAUAGCAAUUGAUUUUUCUUUUGCUCUAGUGAAUAUUCUUCUCAAGAAAGUCCUUGAAGAAGGGGUGAACCAUUUGGUUUUCAUCACAUACCGGUUGACAAUUGCUACCAUUUUCAUAGCUCCAAUCGCCUACUUUAGAGAAAGAAACGACAGACCAAGGCUCACAUUUCGAACUUUAUGUUACCUAUUCUGCAGUGCCAUUGUUGGGGCAUCAGUCACUCAAUACUUUGUCCUUCUGGGGAUCCAAUAUACUUCUGCUACCUUCUCUUGUGCUUUCAUCAACAUGGUGCCAGUGCUCACAUUCAUGAUGGCAUUACCUUUUGGAUUAGAGACUGUGAAAAUCAAAUGCAACAGUGGGAGAGCUAAGAUUCUUGGUUCAUUGGUGUGCAUAGGUGGCGUAUUGAUUUUGACACUUUACAAAGGAAAGCCACUGUUUAAUUUUUCUCACUACGAAUCCGCAGCUUCUAUGGUCAAGAGUUCUGCAGCGAAUGCAUAUUCUACAAAGACAACGGAGAGAUGGACUAUUGGUGUAAUAGCCAUGGUUAUAGGAACCAUGUUUUGGUCUUCUUGGUAUAUUUUACAGUCAAAAAUAAGCAAGAGUUAUCCAUGCCAGUAUUCUAGCACAGCCAUCAUGAGCUUCUUUGGAGCUCUUCAAUCAGCUGUUAUUUGCUUGUGCACUGACCACAACUUGUCCAUUUGGGUUCUCAAGGGAAAGAUACAAAUCAUUGCUUUUCUAUAUUCUGGGAUAAUAGGAUCAGGUUUGUGUUUUGUGGGAAUGUCAUGGUGUGUGAAGAAGAGGGGUCCUGUCUUUACUGCAGCAUUCAGUCCUCUUGUUCAGAUAAUUGCAGCAAUGAUUGAUAUACCUUUCUUGCAUGAACAGCUCCAUCUUGGAAGUGUGAUGGGAUCCAUCGUGGUGAUUAUUGGAUUAUACAUUCUUCUAUGGGGAAAGACCGUGGAAAUAAAGAAUCGUGUGACAAAGUUAGUCCAAGAAGCUGAAGAAACCAAGGAACAAGAGCCGCAGCCACAAAUACAACAGUUGACAGUUUAUGUCCACACAGAAUCGUGUAAUUCGUAGAACCACUACCACCAAGUCGCGUUUAUAUAUAUGUAUGUUCAUGUGUUUCCCAACACUUCCUCCAAAGUUUUUAAGUUUUUAUUUACUCAAACAAUACAUCAAGAAAUGUAUAGAAGCUAAGUUGUAGUUGAUCCGUGUGCUCUUUGGAAAUAAGGCAAUGUACUUGAAAGAAAAAGGAAAAGCAUAUAGAAUUGUGAAGUUAUGAAGUCAAAAUGUCACACUUCUAAUCAACACUUAUGGUAGGUGGUGGCAAAGCAUUAUAUUUUGUUAAUAAAGUAAUUGUUUUUUUA